CGUUCUCCUCUAUUUUCCUCUCUCUGUCUUUCUCUCUCUCUCUUUUUUCUCCCUCGCUCAUACUCGCGCACGAGGUUCCGUUCCGCGCGGCCGAAACGCCCGAUCGACCGACCAACUGAUCAUUCGCUGUUUCGCUCGCGUCCACGCGGCAUGUCGUGGUCGUCGUGACACUUGAGAAGCAGCCCGAUAACCUCGCCCGCCGUUGCCGUUGCCACCGCCACCGUGAGAAAUUCUGCCAUCUGCUGCAACCGCUGCCAAUUUCGCACUCGCCGUGCGGCAGUUGUCUAUUUUCGGAAGAUCGUGUCGCGGAAGGCCGCAAAGAGGAAGAGAAGAAACGAAUCAACCGAGUCGAAACGCGAGUCGGAGGAAGCGGAUUAGCUCUUGGUUCGGUACGACCGGAUGUAUUUUCGAAGAUUGCGUCGUGUGACGUCGAUUGUGAAGUCAAGUCUGUUGAUAGAACUGCCCGAGAGCAAUCAAGGAAAACACCUCGUCUGAAGGAAGCUUCUAUUUGAUACAGGUAGUCCUCACUUGAUGACAUUUGGAGAGACAACAGUUGAACAACAGUGACUAGUUCCAUUGUGGAAGCAGAGACAAUCAAUUGGGAGGGAUUUUUAUUACUGCAAUUAGAAUGUCGGGAACUAAUGAUAGUUUUAAUAGCAACACCUGUGUGGUGUGUUACAAGAAUGUGGAAAUCUACAGUAUUGGCAUGUGUGAGCAUCCAGUCUGUUAUGAGUGCAGCACGAGGAUGAGGGUGCUCUGCCAACAGAAUGAGUGUCCUAUCUGUCGCCAGGAUCUGCCAAAAGUUGUGUUCACGCGAGAGAUCAAGCCUUUUCGUUAUUUAUGUAAAGGUGAUCUGUUGGAUAACCAAUAUGCCAUCUAUUUUGGUAGUACCGACAUCCAAGAGAAAUUCAAUGAUCUGUUAGCCAACACAUGCUCGAUAUGCAAGGAGAAGCAAGUGUUUAGUAAUUUUAGUAGCUUAAAGGACCACAUGCGACAUCGACACGAGCUGCAUUAUUGUGAUUUGUGUGUAGAAAAUUUAAAGAUAUUUUCCCACGAGAGACGUUGUUACACAAGAGCGAGUCUGGCCCAGCAUCGGCGGAAAGGCGACCUCGACGACAAAAGCCACAAAGGUCAUCCCCUUUGUGAGUUCUGCGAUCAGCGUUAUAUGGACAACGACGAGCUCUAUCGGCAUCUGCGACGCGAUCACUUGUACUGUCACUUCUGCGACGCGGACGGUCUGCAUCAGUACUAUAGUUCAUACGACUACCUCAGAGACCACUUCCGGCAGGAGCACUAUUUGUGCGAGGAAGGCAUGUGCGCGGAGGAGAAGUUCACGAGUGUGUUCCGGACGGACAUAGAUCUGAAGGCCCACAAGGCCAGCGUCCAUGGCAAGCAGUUGAGCAAGGCCGCUGCCAAGCAGGCAAGAACACUAGAGUUAGAGUUCACCUUGGCGCCGCGCGGCGAUAACCGAAUGAACAGACGCGGCAUGUUGAGCGCGUCGACGUCGAGAAACACGAGGGAGCACUAUAAUAACGGCAGGGAUUAUCACCAACAGCAGCAGCAGCAGCAGGGCACAACCGCCAGCGGACCCAGCUCAUCGUUCGAGCCGCCAUUCUUCGUAAAACAACCGUCCGUUGACGUACAGAGCACCGACGAGUUCCCCACAUUGGGUAACGCUGCUCCUGUCGUCCCUACGCUGACGCAGACCAAGGGCCGUGGGAAUGUAACCAUUCGCAGCACCGUGAGGAAUCAACCGCUCGCGGUGACAGACGAGAAUUUUCCAGCGCUGGGCCCGGACUCUGCUGGACCUAGUAUCUCGAAAACGGUCAACUUUAGCGUUUCCAGCGGCAGCAACGCUGCGGGUGCUAACAUACCGCAGUGCCAGAAAGCUUCGACGUCAUCAAAUGUCUCCAUCCAGGUGAACCACGAGUCCAACGGUACCGUCACCACCAGAGUAUGCGGACCGAUAAGGAUACGUCCCGCUCAACUAUCCAUAGACUCUGAUUUUCCCGCUUUGGGCAAUUCCGAGCCGUCUACCAGUACUGCCAACGGCACCGUCACCACCAGAAUGGUCGCACCGAUCAGGAUACGUCCCGCUCAACUGUCCAUAGACUCCGACUUCCCCGCCUUGGGCAAUUUCGAGCCGUCUACUAGUACUGCCAAUUCCACUCAAUGGAAAGAAGUUUUGCAGUGGACCUGCUCGAAAUCAGCACCGUCAAGUGCAGCGAAAUCUAAGAAGGUCGCAUCACCACCCUUGGCGUCGUCGUCGCCGCCUAUCCGGUCUGGCGAAGACUUCCCGAGCCUCUCGAAGUCGUCAAAGUCGAAGAAACAGUCAGUGAUCACGGUGGUGCCGACCUGGGGACAGAACUCGUCGUCGCAUACUUCCGGUGGUAACAACAACAAAAACAACAAUAAUAAUAACGCGAAAACAAUGACAGAUCAAACAAAGGGUAAGACAAAGAAGAAAAAAGUGAAACAACAGGCUUCUAAUGGCAACAACUCGAGUGGAAAUGAGUCCAACAGCUCCAAAUCGAACACGAACGCCUUCGUCGCGAAGAAAGAUGUUGAGCCGUCAUCGACACGAGCUUGUGACUCUCGUGUGCCCAAGGAGAACUCACAGGCUGCUCACGAUACGAGUAACGAGAACGCGCCCAAAAAUUCGAGGGAGAACUCGCAAACGGAACACACUAGUAAAAAAGAUAAGAAAAAGAACAAAAGUAACGCGGAUAACGGCAGCUCAAGCACAACGCUCGUGAAUACGGAACUCGCCGGUGGCAACGGUAAUUGUGGUGGCAAUGCGUCGGCGAACGGAGUGCAGAGGAAACGUAGCGAGCUCAAGAUAGACAGCCUCAACACGACCAACAAUAACAUCCAUAAGGUGGAAGACUUCCCCGCUUUAGGUAGCAGCAACAAACUAGCGAGCUUCGCCAGCCCACCUCCUGGUUUCGGCUCGCCGAUGCCGCCGCCGCCGCCAGGCUUUUCCAUCAAGUACAACAGCCUCGAGCGGUUGCACGGCAGCAACGGCUUGACGUUCACUAGCAGCUCCGGUGAAAGUUACUCCAUCUUGCCGCCAGACGACACCAGUCAUGCUUAUGUGCCACCGCCCGAUUUUCAGAAGCGCAACACUUGUCUGGUGGCACGGUUGAACGAGGUGCUAGUGCAACAGGACAAGAUCGACAAGUUCCGCUACGUGAGCGGUCUCUUUCGUGGAGGUACCUGCGACGCCGAGGAGUACUACACGCAUUGUCGCGAGGUGAUGGGCAGCGACGCCUUCGAAAACGUGUUCCCCGAGCUAUUGGUCCUAUUGCCAGACAUUGUGAAGCAGCAGGAGCUGUUCAAGGUGCACAAGAGGGAGUUGGGCGGCAAGACGAAGGGCUUGGAGGUAUGCGCGACUUGCAACCAAGUGGUCAAGAACGGUGCGGACUUUCGCACGCACAUGUCCAGUCACACGCUGGAGAAUCAUUUCCCGGCACUCGGCAAGAGCAACACGCCGCCGCUGAAGAACACGUGGGUGCGUAAAUGAGCCAAUCGCGCACCCUUUCUCUUUCUCUCCCACUCUCUCUUUCUCUCGGUUCCUCUCCUUCGUCACGUCGAUCGUUUCUCUCAGAGACUCUGGUGGAAUAGGUGGUAUGUAUUGAAACGGUUGUUGUAAAUAUAUCGCUCUUGUUGUUUCUACUGUCGCGUUCGAGUAAUCCUCAUUGAGCCGUUUUUGUCCGAUACGUAAUGCGAAUGGUAAACUUAUUCCGAGAGUCAAUCAUCACAUUAGCGUCGCAACGAAAAUUCGCGCGUAGAGCUAGCGCCCAUUAUUCGCAGUAGAGUUUAACGUUGAGCGAAUUGAAGGUUCAAUUGAUUUAUUGAAAUUAUAUAUACAUAUAUAUAUGUAUAUAUAAUAUGAAGAUAUAUAUAUAUACACAUAUAUAUAUAUAUACAUUAAAUAUAUAUAUUCAGAAUAUAUAUAAAUAUAUAUAUAUAUAUAUAUAUAUAUAUAUAUAUAUAUAUAAAAAUAUUUAUAAGCUAAUAAAAAAUUAUAUAUAUAUAUAUAUAUAUAGACAUAUAAAUAUGUAUACACCAGAGCUUUUACAGACGGUUGUAUUAAAUGAUGUAAUAACGCUCAGCAAUGCGAUCACAUCGCGUUGACACAGAUGAGAUAUUUUUUUGUAUAACGAACUUUAUGAGAGGAUAAGAUGCAAAUACAAAGUCUGUUACACGUUGUGAAGGAAAAGGAAAAAUGCGCGCGAGCUACGUUUCAACGAUUCUCCGUUUCCGCUGUAUUUUAAGAUACCGUAUUGUAUAUACAGUUCGUAAAUAGCAGCAGCGUACCUUCCGUAAUUUAUUUGCCAUGUUUCUUGAAGUAGAGAAGUGAAAUAGAUUGCCGUGGUCGUAUGAAUACCGUAACACCAUACAUUAACAAAUCGUUUGAUACAUUAUACAGUACUUGUAGCACUAUAUACUGUACUGUUUUGUACUAUAAUAAAGUUGUACAUUCAGUUAAUGACAA